AGUGUUCACGAGGCUUUCGAUUUAUGCUUUUUCCCGCAGCUCGCCGAGUAUCGAGUUUCGAGUUUCCCCGAUCAUGUUCUGAUCUUCGGCGAAGGAGACAAAACGACGCAUCCGCCAUAUUGAAUCGAGCUCCUCCGAAAUCUAUCCGUAGACGCUCCUAGAAACCCGAUCCCAAGAUGGCCGACGAUGAGAGGAAGCGCCUCGAGGAUGAAAAGAAGAGGAAACAGGCGGAGACCGACAGGAAAAGGGCGGAAGUCCGCGCCCGCCUUGAAGAGGCCUCCAAGGCUAAAAAGGCGAAGAAGGGUUUCAUGACCCCUGACAGGAAGAAGAAACUCAGGUUGCUGCUGCGUAAAAAAGCCGCGGAGGAGCUGAAGAAGGAACAGGAGAGAAAAGCUGCCGAGAGAAGGCGCAUCAUCGAGGAACGUUGUGGAAAGCCAAAGAACGUCGAUGACGCGAAUGAAGAGACCGUGAAACGAGUGCUGCGCGAAUACCACACUAGGAUUGGUACUUUGGAGGAUCAGAAAUUCGAUAUUGAGUAUAUCGUUAAGAAGAAAGACUACGAGAUCUCGGACUUGAACAGCCAGGUGAACGAUCUCCGAGGUAAAUUCAUGAAGCCGACCCUGAAGAAGGUCUCCAAGUACGAGAACAAGUUCGCCAAGCUCCAGAAGAAGGCUGCCGAGUUCAACUUCCGUAACCAGCUUAAGCAGGUCAAGAAGAAGGAGUUCACCCUUGAAGAGGAGGACAAGGAGAACGCGACAAAAGAAAAGAAAAAACCGGACUGGUCGAAGAAGGGAGAAGAGAAGAAGAGAGAGAGAGAGCCCUCUUCGCUGCUGGCCCAGGAGGGUGAGGCGCCACCAGCGGCGGAGCCACCACCACCGGAACCGGCACCUCCGGCAGAACCUGCACCUCCACCGGCGCCUGAACCUGCGCCUGCGCCGGCUCCUCCACCCGCAGGUGCACCGGUUCCGGUCGGUGGUCCGCCGCCGACUGAAGUCGUCCCGCCAGCGGAAGGCGCUCCAGCACCAGCGGAAGGCGCCCCCGCCCCAGCGGAGGGAGCCGCCCCCCCUGCAGAAGGUGCACCCCCAGCAGAGGGAGCCGCGCCACCGGCGGAGGGCGCCGCACCUCCCGCAGAAGGAGCUCCCGCGGCGGCUCCAGCGGAAGGAGCCGCUCCUGCGGCACCUGCGGACGGCAGUGCGCCGCCUGCGGAAGGUGCUCCCGCAGCGGCACCUGCAGAGGGCGCAGCGCCACCGGCCGAGGGCGCCCCCCCUGCGGAAGGCGCAGCCCCCGCGCCCACCGAGGGAGCUGCCCCUGCGGCUGCACCCACAGAAGGCGCCCCUGCACCUGCACCUGCAGCGGAAGGUGCACCUGCUGCCGCCCCCGCACCUGCGGAAGGCACGGCUCCUGCGGCGGCUCCCGCGGAAGGCGCGCCCCCCGCGACGGAUCCUGCAGCCGCACCUCCUGCAGCCCCUGCAGCCCCUGCAGCUCCAGCCGCCGAUGCACCUCCAGCAGCUGCACCUGCGCCCGAGGCGGCGGCACCGCCUUCAGAAGCUGCACCCGUCCAAGCACCUGCGUCGUAACUUCCUACCUGGGAAAGAUGGCGGCCCCCGAAUCUCUCUACUUUCCGCUUGUCGACGUCGCAAGUUACACACACGGGACUGUCGUAAGAGUGCACCUGCGCUUCGGGUGUGCAACCGAGGCGCCAGGUACUAAUCUCCAUGCAUGGCCAGGUGGAUGGAAAUGAACUCACCUGCGAACUGUACCAGGCUACUAUCGCCGAGGAAUGAUCGAUAGUGUCAUCUUCGAGGCGGCUGGAGGGGACUCAGCUUCCCCGUGGACCGACGACACCGCCGCAACUAUUGUUAAUGCUACGAAAUCAUUUUCAAUAAACUCGUAAAAACUAGUCGAGACAGAA